UUCUCUUCUUUCUUCUUCAGAUCAAAUCAAACCCAUAAUAAUAACAAGCUUUCUCUCCGGAACCAACUUCUCAGAUGUGAUUCUGUUUGGUUUUUAAAUUCAACGUUUAAAUUUAUCUCUUCAACCUCGUUCAUUCUGGAAAUCUGAUUUGGUACGUAUUUGAUUAUUAAUGGUUUGAAUUUAGGGAAAAAGCACAAUAAUAAUUAGGAUUUAUUACUUAGUUAUUAUCAUCACUGAUUGAUUGAAUUCAUGGAUUUGUAUAUUUAUAGAUCCUUUAAAGAAAAUUUAUUCAAAUUUUUGGUUGUGUUAGGAGGAUUACCUGAAUUUGAAGCCCUAGAUUGUUGAGAAACAUACUAGUAUGUGAAAUGUUUUGGAUAGAUUUGCUGUUUAUUUCUUUUCUGAGUAUUGUUUUGUUGAUUUUGUAAUUUGAAUGAAUUCAUAUUGAAUGUUUUGUAGCUUGACUGAGAUUACAAGUUACAUUGCGGUUAGAUUUAGAUUUUAGUGCAAAUUUAGUUUUGUUUUGAUAGUUUGGGAGGAUUGUUUCUUUGUUCUAUUAGAAUUCACAAUCAGCUCUUGUGAGAACUGCCAAUAUCAAUAGAAAUCGCACAUUCUGUUAUAGCUCCGGAGGUUGAUUCGUCUGUGUGUUUGGAAUUCUAGAUCCCUUUAUGUAAUUUAUUCAAAAAUAGGUUUAAUUUUUCAUGGAUUUCUGUGGAUUCGAUUAUUUUGAGAAUCCAUGUAAAACCCCCUAGAUUAUUGUUUUUGGAUACAGGAUUUCAGAUUCAUUGUUUCUUUCCUGAUUAUUGUCUUUCUGAUGAUUAAGGAGAAGCUUUUGGAUGAAUUUGGAUUGGUUUUUUGGUUUUGGCUGAGAGUACAAGUUACAUUGUGUUUAGUUUGUGCAAAUAUAGUUUUAUUGUAAUAGAUAAAUAAUAUUGGUGGUAUGAAUCUUUUGCAAUUAGCUUGUGUGGUUGAUUUGUUUGCCAGGCACAUGGCCUUGACGGUUACAAGUUGGUUACACGGAAUUUGUUUGCUUUAUGCACUUUCUAAGGCUAGAAACUUCCUGUCUAGCUUUAGUAGAAUAGUUGGGAUGGUUAGCCAACUGCCUUGUGUAAAGUAAAUCUGUAACUGCCAGACAGUUACUUGUCUAUAGCUUUUUGUAAGGCAAUAUACGCCUGAUCUUGUGAUGGUUUGGGUGUCCCGAACAAGGAGAGUUUGUGUAACCCUAAAUGUGCAUAAAUAAAAGGCUACGGCCUAGUUUAAAUGUAAGUUUUGUUGGUGCGUUUAUUCCUUUGUUUGGCUUAUUGUUUUAUGCAUCAAGCGGAGUGUGUGUGAUGUUCUUUUGUUAGCUUGAAAAGAUUGUGAGCAGAACCUCUGUUUAGUAUGGGUUGAAUAGAGUUUUGUCCAAGAAGUGAAGAAAUUGGCUAAGAACGAGUUGGCUGAACCGUGCUGCGGAGCAUAGUACUAUUGGCAAGGUUGGAUGUUGCAUUUGGAUAGUUUGAACCUGUGACAGAAUGUUAGUGAUAAAGUUAUAUCUAAUAAUGAUGUUCAAGGAAUGGGGCUUGUGCUUUCUCAGGUGGAGAAACUGGAUGAGGGUCAGAAGGGAGAUGUAGUUUUUGGUGCUAGAGCUCACUUUCCUAAAUCUUCAUUUCAAAAUAAGCCUAGCAUGAAUGUUAAAUGUGCAGAUAAAAAAUCUGUCGAAGUGAAGAAAAUCAAUCCUUCAAUUGGUUAAUGUUUCAAAGUUGGGUUUGGAGUGGCAGGGGUUUUGAUCCCUUACAUCAAUUUUGAGUUGUUUAUUUUGUCUAGGAGUAGACCAGUGAACUUGAGGGAAGGUCUUUAUUACCACUUUUUUCCUGGUUUGCUUUCCUUUUGUUUUACGUUUUUUGUUUAGUUUGUAAGGUUUUAAAGAUCUUUAAACCCGGCGGAUUGUGUCGAAACAAUAAAAAGAACUGAUGAACUGAACAAAACGAAGUUGGACAGGAAGUUGUUUUCGCACAUUGGUUUGGUACUCGCCUGCUCGGCUUGCUCAAUUAUAUUUGGCUAGGGUCAGACAGGCCCAAGCCUUUAGUUCCAUUUUAGUAAAGAUACGUCACUCAAUCCAUAGCCACUUGUCUUCAUUUGGUAUGAUCCCAUUGGUAAAGAGAUUUCAUUAAGUUCUAUGUUUAUCAACCACUGUUGUACCUGUACUAGUCCUCAACAAACUGGAAAGUGUAAACACCUAAAUCUCUCUCACUUUCUCUGCUUUCCUCUUCAUAGCCAUCUAAAACAUUUUUUUCUCAUCUACUCUGUACCACUGAAAUAUAUAGUGAAACUGACUGAAUUAAUGUCCAGCACCAAGAUUUACAUAGUCUACUACUCCUUGUAUGGCCACGUUGUAACAAUGGCGCGGGAAGUGCACCGGGGAGCCAGUAGUGUUGAAGGUGUGGAAGCAACCCUUUGGCAGGUACCUGAGACACUUCCUGAGAAGAUACUAGAGAAAAUGAAAGCACCUGCUAAAGAGGACGAUAUCCCAGUGAUUAGUCCGGAACAACUUAAGGAUGCUGACGGAUUUUUAUUUGGAUUCCCUUCGCGUUUCGGUAUGAUGCCAGCCCAAUGCAAGGCUUUCUUUGACUCAACGUAUGAACUUUGGGAAACUCAAUCACUCGCUGGAAAACCUGCUGGUAUCUUUUGGAGCACAGGUUUUCACGGUGGAGGCCAGGAGAAUACUGCAUUAACAGCCAUAACACAGUUGGCACAUCAUGGGAUGUUAUUUGUUCCACUAGGGUACACUUUCGGAGACGGCAUGUAUGAAAUGAAUGAAGUGAAAGGAGGAUCUUCAUAUGGAUCUGGAACUUAUGCAGGAGAUGGUACUCGUGUUGUCUCAGAAUUAGAGAUGAAACAGGCAUUCUACCAUGGUCAGUACCUUGCUGGAAUUGCAAAGAAGCUCAAAGUCAAUGAAUAGCAGCCAUGUAAACGGGACCACCAGAACCAAGACGUCGAGAAUAACGACCUUUCUUCAAGAAACGAGUGAUUCUUCCGACUGGGAAUUGUAAUCCGGCUUUGGCAGAUUUUGUUACUGCUUUCUUUCUACCACCGCCAUUUCUUCCUCUCCCUUGCCAACAUUCGCAGUUGCAGUUCCUUCCAUUGAUAGCCUAAAAUGAUUUUGAAACUAGAGUUUUGAAAGUGAGAGAAUUUGUGUGAAUCGUUUGGAGAUGGAAUCGAAUUUGUGAAUCAAACUGGCCUGGUUCGCUGGUUAUUUAUACUGAACUCUCGGGAAAUGGAUGCCUUUCGGUAUUUUAUCGGUUC